AUGUCGAAACGCGAUAUCGUCCUCACCAAUGUCACCGUUGUCCAGCUGCUGCGACAGCCGUGCCCGGUGACCAGAAGACCACCCCCACCGGAGCCCAAGGUUGAGACAGAGCAGGAGCCCCAGGCUGAGCCAGAGCCCAAACCUGAGCCAGUCAAGGAGGAAUCCCCACUUCCUCAACCUAAGAAGGCUGCUGUGGUUCAGAAGCUGACAGUGGGCAUCAAUGGAUUUGGACGCAUCGGUCGCCUGGUGCUCCGUGCCUGCAUGGAGAAGGGUGUUAAGGUGGUGGCAGUGAACGAUCCAUUCAUUGACCCGGAAUAUAUGGUGUACAUGUUUAAAUAUGACUCCACCCAUGGCCGGUACAAGGGGACUGUGGAGUACAGGAACGGAAAACUGGUGGUGGACAACCAGGAGAUCAGCGUCUUCCAGUGCAAGCAGCCCCGAGAUAUUCCCUGGAAGUCUGUCGGGAACCCCUUUGUGGUGGAGUCCACAGGCGUGUACCUGUCCUUACAGGAGGCUUCAGACCACAUCGAGGCUGGUGCCACGCGUGUGGUCAUCUCUGCACCCUCACCCGAUGCGCCCAUAUUUGUCAUGGGAGUAAACGAGAAGAACUAUGAUCCUGGCUCCAUGAAAGUUGUCAGCAAUGCCUCCUGCACGACCAACUGCCUGGCACCCCUUGCCAAGGUCAUCCAUGAGCAGUUUGGGAUCGUGGAAGGGCUGAUGACCACAGUUCAUUCCUACACUGCCACCCAGAAGACAGUGGACGGGCCAUCGAAGAAGGCCUGGCGAGACGGGCGGGGUGCCCACCAGAACAUCAUCCCAGCCUCCACAGGGGCUGCCAAAGCCGUUGGCAAAGUCAUUCCAGACCUCAAAGGGAAGCUGACAGGAAUGGCGUUCCGGGUGCCAACCCCAGAUGUAUCUGUUGUGGACCUGACCUGCCGCCUGGCCCAGCCUACCUCGUACGAGGCCAUCAAAGACGCCAUAAAAGCAGCAGCCCAAGGGCCCAUGGCUGGCAUCCUUGCCUACACAGAGGAUGAGGUCGUGUCCACGGACUUUGUGGGCGAUACCCACUCGUCCAUCUUCGAUGCUAAAGCCGGCAUCGCGCUCAACGACAACUUCGUGAAGCUCAUUUCCUGGUACGACAACGAAUACGGCUACAGUCACCGGGUGGUGGACCUCCUCCGUUACAUGUUCAGCCGCGACCAGUGA